AUGACUCGUCCGAAUUUUAUUGAGCUGCCACCCGAAAAUCCUCGCUCGGCCAGCGCGCUCUCAAGAAAUGCACUGUCGCCUCGGAUCCAACAUUUCGACGGCGAUGUCCCCCCUGCACUAUCACCACUGGAUGCCAUUGCGGCCCGAAGUCGCAAAUUGGCCAAAGAGUUGGAGGAAACCAGGAAAGCGGGCGAGCGACGCAUGAGCAGGCUUCCACCUCAGAUUGUGACGGAUUCCUUGACCGAACAUCAAAACAAUCGUCCUCCGAUCUUUCGAGCCUUGUCGGACAGCCUUGACACGGUCCCUCCUCUCCCAACAUGGGAUCAGGAACGUGGCGGUGCCUUCGCUCGAGUUGCUCAUCCUCUGAGCAGGCCUGCCUCCCAACGCGUCCACGUGAGUAAGGUUGUCAAGUCUGACGAGAAUCAAGAAAGCAAGGAACCCUCUCCGGUGCAAGAUUACUUUGGCGCCCCUCGAGUUGAAUCUCCUCCGCCCCUGGAACCCAAGAGACCAUCGUCACCUUCUCACAGCGUAGGCAGCCCUUCUCUACAUCCUCAACCCGAACUUUCAAGGCAGGUCUCGGGCACCUCUCAAUCAGACUUCAGCGCGACUUUGGCGCCUCCACGGUCUCAUUCGCACCGACUCCGACCGUACCAUGACGCUUCUGACGACGACUAUACCAGCUCCAACGCGGGCUCGACCUUUUCGCAGUCAAGGAAGCUUUCGUCCAGCAGUGGCGUCUCUGCUCCUCACUCUCCGAUUUCCCCGUACGCACAGUCUCAUGCCCGAUCACCCUCCAACACUUCGCUCGGAUCUCCCACUCACAAGCUCCCGACACGGAAUUUCUCCCGACCCUUGAGUUCAGUCAGUAUGACUAACCUCAAGAGCGAUAAAAGCCCGACUAAAGCUACAUUCGCAAAGCGGAUGAGCCAGCUGCGCGCUGCGAACUCUUUUGAUAAUUCAGCAUCACCAACCGAUGGCUAUCUCUCGGGAGAAGCGUCUUCGUACACUCACGCGACCUACAGCUUGCCCAGAGGGCGACUGGUUUCCGAUCGGACUUCUGUACUCUUUUCAGGCCUUUCUACCCCCCAUUUCGAAUGGCAAGAACCGAUGUUUCCUUGCACGCCUCCAUUAGAAGGGAAAAACAGCUCCGAGCUCCCCGUUCCGUCUCCUAUGGCAUCGGCUCGGCCCAGCAGAGAAGAUCAACAUCAAAGGUCGGGCCCGUCUUUUGAGCUUAACACUGAACACGCUUUGACUGCCACGGACCGUGCCGGCCACCCGACAGCGUACUAUACGCCGACAGGGUCUCUCAGAUCAAAUGAUUCGUCGAGUUCGAGACCUUCGGUUGGCCAACUUGUUCCACCUGCCUCUACAUUUGUACUUCCCCCUAUACCGUUAUCACCCGUCGAGGAAGCGUCACAUUCCUCACGAUCAACAAGCACAGUUCGGCCAACAACGAGCCGGUCUACCAGCAAUUACCAAGGCCUCUCCAUGGACGAACAUGUCACCAAGGCAAUUGAGCUCCAUCAACAAGGCGAAUUGAAAGAAUCGACGUAUCACCUGCGCAUUGCGGCUAACAAGGGCCAUCCCACGGCAAUGCUCCUGUACGCCCUUGCUUAUCGUCACGGUUGGGGUAUGCGAGCGAACCCACGGGAAGGGGUACAAUGGCUUCGCAAAGCUGUGGAUUACGCGAUGCUCGAGAUUGCGGAUGACGAGGACCCUGCAAGCCAGAGGCCUGGUGUUGAUGUCAACGAUAAGAAGGCACAUCGGGCCCAGUUUGCGCUGAGCAUAUACGAGCUCGGAGUGUCGCAUCUCAACGGCUGGGGUAUCGAGCAGGACAAAGCACUCGCUCUCCGAUGUUUUGAGAUUGCCGGCAACUGGGGUGAUACGGAUGCUUUGACUGAAGCGGGCUUUUGCUAUGCAGAAGGCAUCGGUUGCAAGAAAGACCUGAAAAAGGCGGCCAAGUUUUAUCGAAGAGCUGAGGCAAAGGGUGUCAGCAUGGUUGGCAACAGCUGGAUCUACAAGGACAAAUACAACGACUCGGAGGAUGAGAGUGAGGAUCGAACGCGGUCCUUCCGAAAGACAUCAGCGGAGAAGCCGCGCAGCAAGUCCAAAUCUCGCGGGAUCUUUGGACGAAAGAAGACAUCUUCCUGA